AUGCGAUACCAUCACUGCCAAAAAUUAUCUGGCUGUAAUGAUUAUAUUUUACAACUAAAUGAAGCAUUACAAGUCGAUCCACAUUCAAAAAAAUUAUUGGAUUUAAAAAGGAAAUGGAAGGAUAAUGAAUAUAGGGACGACUGGGAGGGCUAUGAGGAUAAGAAACGAAGCCGAAAAGCUGAUUUAGAUGAAAGACUUAAAGCUAAAAGUCAGAAUGAGGUAACAAAGGAAACAGCGAAAUUGAGGGCAUUAUCCAAUAACAUUCUAAAUUCACUUAAAGAUUUUGUAUCUGAGAUUGAAGCUAAUCUCCAAAAAACAAUCGAAGAAAGAUGGAAUGUAUCCAAAACAAAACAACUUGUAGUUACAGUUUUUCAUAACAAAAGUGCUAAAGAUGCCUCUGAACUUCGCUAUCGCUUAGAAAUUGUAAAUCUUUUGCUUGCAGGGGCAUUUGAAAUGACUGAACGUUCUAUGUGGCUUGAAACUGGAGAAAUUGAGAACGAAAUACAAAAAGUGCAAAGGAAUGAUACUAAGGGGGAUAUUAAUGAGCGGUCAAAACUCGGAAUGAAACAUGACGGCAUGAUCAACAUGAUAAUAGAUGGAAAGAAAUAUCAAGUUGGAUUUCUCGAAGUUGUAGGAAAUGCCUUUAACAAAAACAUAACUGAUUGA